AAGAAAGUUCAAUGAAAAAGAAAGAAUUGAUUGUUGUUAUCGAGUCACUUAUUGGAUCUCUAAAUGAGACUAAUCAGCCACAAUUCAGAGAGUUAAAAGCGAAAAAAAAAGAAGAUUUAUUAAUUAUUCUACAAGUUCGAGAUUUGAUUAAUAACAAUGAAAUGGAUUAA